UAUGUAGUUCCUGUAUGAACCACUUGGUGGUGCGAUUAAUCCAUGAAAAGAGAUUUCUCUGCAUUCUUGAAUUAAAACUUUCACCCAUGGUGAGGGCCCAAUACAGCACAAGUCAAAGUCACAUGACAUGACAUGAGGUAAAAAUAAAAUAAAGACUAAGAUGUGUCCCUCAAAAUAGAUUUGUUGCUAAUUAUACUUUAUUUUGGUCAGGUUUGCAGAUUGUGCAAUAUGUGGUCUGUGGUUUUGCGAGGUGCCACUUCACUAAAACCAUGUUUCCUGCUGUGUCUCUUCAAAUCAGAUGUUGAUGUGCAAAAUUGUUGCUAAACAUUUUAAAAAGCAAUUUAAGUUGCUUGUGCUCAUAGUGUUAGUCAAAGCACUUUGACAGGAAGUCGCUCUUCUGCAAAGGAACGACUUGGUGAAAUGCUAGUAUAACAAUUAUCAGUCAUUCCUGUCAUCCAUCACACACUCUUUACUUCCUCGGUUAAAUGCUAACUUGGUAUUUGUUGGGUUAAAAUUGUCACCUCUGGAUUGGUCCUGGGUGGAUGGCUUCAGUAGUUCCCUUGUAAACGCGUUAUUUUUGUUCAUGACAGCCUGGUUUGCCUCGCAUCACUGCAGUCAGCACAUCUCACAUUUCUCCUGCAAGCCAUGCAUUGUUAAUGUACUAGUUUUUUGUGAGCUAGAUACGUCUGUGCAGCUGCUGUGACCCUGAAGCAGGUAAAUCAAAACCAUAUUGAGCAUUUGUGCGUUUGCUUUGUUUGCAAUGGAGUAUGCAGAAGCACAAGUGCGCGUGUCAUCACAGGAAGUUGUGGCGGCCCUUUUUUCCGGUCCACACUUCGUUGUGCAGAGACAGACAAUCCCCUUCACGGCUGGAAGUCUCACGCAGGCGACAUGCAGAGUGUGUCUCAGUUGGCAGCUGUCACUGUGUGCGAGUGGAGACAGCAGGUAUUGAGUGUAGAGCGCAUGAAAGAAACGGAUACAAGUGGGCUCAUGGAGACGGAGCCUGGCAUCGUGUCUCCGUUCAAGAGAGUCUUCCUGAAAGGAGAGAAGGGUCGGGACAAGAAGGCUCAGGAGAAAGCCACCGAGCGCAGAGCCCUCCACACCUUCUCGCUCUCUCAACCUGACCACCGCAUCGACCCUGAGAUCCUGCUCAACGACUACAUUGAGAAGGAAGUCAAAUAUUUGGGUCAGCUGACGUCAGUCCCUGGAUACUUGAACCCCUCGAGCAGGACAGAGCUGUUGCAACUCAUUGACAAUGCACGGAAGUCCCAUCAGCUGGCGGGCCAGCUGACCUCGGAGCAGGACGCAGUGGUGAGUUUGUCAGCCUAUAACAUCAAGCUGGUGAGGAGAGAUGGAGAGGACAUCAUCCUCCGAGUGCCCAUCCACGACAUCGCUGCUGUUUCUUACAUCAGGGAUGAUUCACUGCACCUGGUCGUCAUCAAGACAGCUCAGGACUCGGGUGGUUCUCCUUGUCCCAGCUCAUGUCCAGACCUCAACAAGUCUCAGACCUUAAGCUCGCUGACUGAGAGCGGAGCGGUGCUGGUGGAGGUCUGCUGCUUGCUCGUGCUGGCCGUCAAUAAUAAGGCAGCAGCAGAAGAGUUGUGUCUGCUGCUCAGUCAGGUCUUCCAGAUCGUUUACACCGAGUCCACCAUCGACUUUCUCGACCGGGCAAUAUUUGAUGGCGCCACCACUCCCACCAGACACCCGUCUCUGUACAGCGAUGACUCGUCCAGCAAAGUGGACGCUAAAGAGGCCUUUGAGGGCGAAGGAAACGCCUUCUCUUUCCAGGAGGCAGACGGCAGCUCUGCUUCAGUUUCGAACCCAGCCUCCCCUCAGAUGAAGACGGCCAGUGAAGGAGAGCUCAGUACCACAGCAGCCGAGCUGCUCCAAGACUACAUGACCACGCUUCGAACUAAACUGUCCUCUCAGGAGAUCCAGCAGUUUGCCACUUUGCUCCACGAGUAUCGUAAUGGUUCCUCCAUCCAUGAGUUCUGCAUCAACCUGCGGCAGCUGUAUGGAGACAGCAGGAAGUUCCUUCUGCUCGGUCUGCGACCCUUCAUACCGGAGAAGGACAGCCAGCAUUUCGAGAACUUCCUGGAGACCAUCGGAGUCAAAGACGGCCGCGGCAUCAUCACAGAUAGCUUCGGUCGCUACCGUCGCACCGCCAGCUCCGCCUCGGACUCCACCACCAACGGCAACGGAGCGGCCGGCGGCAGCAACGACAGCACCGCCUCCGACGAGGGCCAGGAGGCGUCGGAGGGGGACGAGUGGGACCGCAUGAUCACGGACAUCAGCAAUGAUAUCGAGGCCCUGGGCUGCAGCAUGGACCAGGAGGGGCCUCCACCCUGAGCUCCAGGAUCUAGGUUCUUCUCUGCACCGGUGCUUCGGAUUUUUUCUUCAAAAUGUCAGGAGGAUGUUCCAUUUUUAGGUCCCUGGUUUAUCAGCAGUGCAAAGGAUUAAGCGACCAAGUACAUGAAGUGAAGUUUGCCUGUAUAAUGUUUUAUAUUCCUGUAUUGGAAACGAUGUUUCACCAGAUUAAACGUACUUCAUUUUA